AUGCUUAAUUUUACUAAAUCUCCCAUCCUAGUGACUUUUGCCAGCUGCUGCAGUAGUAGUGCCUUUAGAACACUUCUGGUUAAACUCGUCCCUGGUGAGGGACGGGAAAGCCUGCCCGUGGGAAGCUCUGCGGAACCCCGCAUUUCCUGUUUUAGGAGGAGAGUUUGUGUGUUAGCGAGCGCCAGCUCUGUCGGGGUGGUGAGGAGCGGGAGCUGGGGCAUGGACAGCCGCCUGCAGGAGAUCCGGGAGCGGCAGAAGCUACGGCGGCAGCUCCUAGCUCAGCAGUUGGGAGCUGAAAGUGCGGAUAGCAUUGGUGCUGUGUUAAAUAGCAAAGAUGAGCAGAGGGAAAUUGCUGAGACAAGAGAAACUUGCAGGGCUUCUUAUGAUACCCCUGCUCCAAAUUCAAAACGGAAGUGCCUGGAUGAAGGAGACACAGAUGAAGACAAAAUAGAAGAAUAUAAGGAUGAACUAGAAAUGCAGCAGGAGGAAGAAAAUUUGCCAUAUGAAGAAGAGAUUUACAAAGAUUCAAGUACCUUUCUUAAGGGAACGCAGAGCUUAAAUCCCCAUAAUGAUUACUGCCAACAUUUUGUAGACACUGGACAUAGACCUCAGAAUUUCAUCAGGGAUGUAGGUAUGUCAGUUUUAUUUGGACUAUCCUGCUAUAAAUUAUUGCUAUAUGCAUGUGAUUUAUGCAUUUUGUAGAUUAUUUCUAACAAAACUUUUUUCAGACUUGACUUCUGCCCUCCAUUCUCUAGUCUGUCCUCUAGCCUACUUUCCUGUUCUUUAAGCAAUGCUAUGUCUCUGGUUUUUUUUUACAUAAAUUAUAUGCCUUAUAACUAACCGAUUGAAAAGAUAUAAUUCAGUGUUCUUUUAAUGCAUGCCUAGCCUUCUCGGAACCAUUACAGCAAUCGGUUUUAGAACAUUUGCUUCUCUAAGGAAGCUUUGUACCCAUUAGUGAGACCACAUUCCUUCCUUUAUCCUGCCCCUUGGGCUUAACCGCUGAUCUACUUUCUUUCUGUAUAAGUUUGGCUAUUCUUGACAUUUCAUAUAAUUGAACUCAUACAACAUGGGGCUUUUGUGAUUGUGGUUUUUUACUUAGCACAAUGUUUUCAAGGGUUUUUAUACUGGGGCAUAUAUUAAUCCUUCUUUCAUUCUCAAACAGUAGUUCAUGUGGUACGUGAAUAUACACGCACAUGUAGGUUUUAUUUACUCACUUCGCUUUGAAGUUAUAGA